AUGGGGCAGUUUAGCGAUCUAGUAAACACCAUUUCGAAAGAGUCAGAACGUAUUUCAAACCAUUGCAAGACGGGAAAUCUCCCAGAACCCUCCUUCGAUGCGAAAUUUCCACCAAACACUCAAAUACCUGAUGAAAGCGAGGAGCUGACAGGUGCACGGCGGAACCUCUUUCAGGCUGCCACAGACCUUGCGAUACUGGCCCUCGGACCGUCCGAAUAUAUUCGUUGGCAGGCAUGGAAUCAAUUCAAUGACAAUAUCAGCCUUCAGUCAAUUCUUCGCUUCCGCAUCGCCGAAUCAGUUCCCCCAGAGGGAAUAACUAUCUCAGACCUCUCGGAAGCGACAGGGGUAGAUCAACACCUGCUCACCCGUAUCGUUCGUCAUGCCAUGACCUCACAUAUUUUCUAUGAGCCUGAACCAGGCAAGGUCGCACACACUGCCUCCUCUCAGGCCCUGUCCAGCAACCAAGGAGUUCGAGACUGGUUGGAUAUGACUCUUGAAGAAUGGGGUCCGGCUGCAGUGCGCACGGUGGACGCUUUCCAGACGUACCCAGGGAGCGAGGAGCAGAAAGAGACUGGGUUCGGGCUGGCAUUUAACGGCCAGACGAUCUUUGAGUUCCUUGCCCAGCAGCCUGAGCGGUCGAAGGUUUUCGGUGGCGCUAUGGCUAAUUUUUCCAAGGGCGAGAGCCAUAGGGUAGGACAUUUCGUCCACGGGUAUGACUGGAAGGCCCUCGGGAAAGGAACGGUGGUCGAUAUUGGAGGAUCCCACGGUCACAUCAGCGCUGCCAUCGCGGCCGAAGCUCCUGACCUCAGGUUUGUCGUCCAGGACCUUGGCGGGACAGCGGCCGAAGGAUGCAAGAUGCUUGAUGCAGCCUUGAAAGACCGUGUUACGUUUAUGGCCCAUGACAUGAAUGACAUACAGCCCGUCCUCGGUGCAAAAGCCUACAUAUUCCGCUCUGUGCUCCUAAACUGGCCUAGGAAGUACUGCGUCAAGUUUCUGAAGAACUUAGUCCCUGCUAUGACCCCUGGUGCACUGCUCAUUAUCAACGAGGGAGUUCUGCCGGACCAGGAGAGACUAUCUGCCUGGGAUAACCGACUUCUCCGGAGCUUGGACCUCUGCAUGAUGGGUAUGUUUAACAGCAACGAGCGAACGGUAGAAGAAUGGAAGGGCAUCCUCUCCGAGGCAGACUCGCGCUUCAAGCUUAUUAAUGUUCGCCGCCCGAACCCGGCGAGUUUACUUUGGAUUCUGGAGAUUGUAUGGGAAUAG